AUGUCCGCUAUCCACAUGCCCACUCCCUCCCAGCCCCUCAAGCUUCAAGAGCAAGAUCUCGCAGGCAAAAUCGCACUGGUAACCGGCGCAACAAAAGGCAUCGGCCGCGCCAUCACCAUCGAGCUUGCCACCCGCGGCGCCUCCAUCAUAGGCACCUACUCGACGCCACCCUCCGCCACGCUCUUCUCUGACCUGGCUAAGCAACUCACUGCACUCUACUCUUCUACUUCUCCCGCGGCUGCACCGCCCAAGUUUAUAGGGUUAAGCUGCAACAUCGCGGCCCCCGACACUACUGGCGAAGUCACCACCAUUUGCGAAGCACUGACCACGCACUUCGCCGGCAAGCUCGACAUCGUCGUCUUGAAUGCCGCGGUGAUGACGCUCGCGAAGAUGGGCGAGGGGAGCGCACGACCUGAUGUUGUGGAUCUGACUUUUGCGGGCAACGUGAAGUUUCCGGUCAUGCUGGUGGAGCAAUUCCUGCGAAAGAGAGCGUUUAGAAGAGAAGGAAGAGUGGUGGCGGUUAGUAGCGAAGGGGUGAGGGCGAGGAGGCCGGAUGGUGGGGCGAUCUAUGCGGCGUCGAAGGCUGCGCUUGAGUGCUUGAUGCGGAAGUGGGCGGAUGAGUUGGGUACCCGACCUGGGAUGGAAGGCACGACCUUCAAUUCGGUCAGCGUCGGCUUCACCAAAACGGAGGCGUAUAAUAAAAUCCCUCCCGAGUUCCGAGACAAGCUCGAAGCUUCCGAUGCGGCUGAAGUAGCUGUUGCAAAGCGCAUCGGAGAAGUCGAAGAUAUCGCAGGUGUGAUCGGCCUGCUUGUCAGUGAGAAGGCCGGGUGGAUCAGUGGGAGUGUGGUCGAUGCUUCCGGUGGAAAAGCGAAGAUCUUGUAG